AUGAAUUUCACGAAAGCGAGGGUCAAGGGAUUAGAUGUUGAGGUGGAGGAGAAUGCAGUCAAUUCUGUACUCGUCUCUGACAAGGAUAAGGAUCCUAUUGAAUCAACAAAUGACAAGCCGGUCAGACCUACAGAAUCUCCUACAACUUCAUCGCCUGACACCGAUUCCACGACUUGUUUUCUAGAGUCAGAAUUAUUCGCUAAUAAGAUAAGAGAGAUGUUAAUAGAGUUCGUGAUCGUGGAGAAUAUGCAACACAAGUCCAAAUUGGAUGACUUAAAAGUGGGCAAAAUUGAUGGUUUGAAAGUGAAUGUCAAUAUUCCGGAGAGAAUCGCUUCCACCAAUUUCCUCAAACCAAUGCUCGAGUAUAUCAUCUCAAGAAUAUCUACAACUGUUGCCAACGGAUCCAUGGAUUCUAUUGUCCGGCAUAUGAGGGACGUCUUCUAUGAUGCCAUUCAAGACAAGAUCAAAAUUAAGCCUUAA